AAUUAAUAUAAUGUCUGAGUCAGACUCUUUAAAAGAAUUUCUAAAAAGCAGAAAAAUAAACAUUGAAGAGUUAGAGCCAAACGCUAGAGAUGACUUCGACCUUGAUGCUAUCGAGGCGAAGAAAAUCGAGAACUCAAGAGUAGAGAAUUACCCAAUCACAACAAAAGAAGUUCAAAAGCUAAAUAUGGAAAUCAGUGCAAGGACUAUCUUUGCCAACUAUGAAGGAUGCUUCAAUAUCUGAAAUGCUGGCGACACUGGUAUAGGUAUCAUGAACAUGGAAGAGAGUACGUGUAUGAGAAACUGUCAUGCAAAGCUUGAUACAAUGUCUGCAUUAACUCUUGAAGGAACCAAAGCACAGAAGUUUUUCAAUAAGAACAAAGCUUUCCUCAAGAAACAUGAUCCUGAAUUUAAGAACUAUGAUUAUGAUCCUCUCACUAAAGAGCUUGAUAGAUUUAAGGGAAAAUUCUAUGGAAAUGUGGAUAGACCACUUAUCUAA